ACGCCAUCACGCUCUGUGCGUGGCCCCGCCCUCCCUAUUGAAUGUCAGUCUGUUUUGUAAACGAUCGAACCACAAAGCGAAAGUUAAAAGGAUUUGACGGAGACAACUGUCAACAUUCGCAAAUAUUUUAUCAUCUGACAACGUUCUAGCAGCAUUCAGAUAUGACACCUAAGCGUGGCCUCAUCACCGACACCUUUAAGGUUGUAAAGAAGGCAAAGAGAGGGGGCAAGAGGAACAAGUCUCCUUCCCCGCCAAAAGCAGAGCCUGAGCCCCCACAACCGAGUGAAAGAGAAAAAGAUCUACAAGAACUGAAGAAGUUUGAUCUGGACUGGAGUUUCGGACCAUGCACAGGGAUCAGUCGACUGCAGAGAUGGGAGAGGGCAGCACUGCAUGGGCUGAAUCCCCCGCACGAGAUUAAAGACAUUGUUCUAAAAGAGUACACUGACCCAGAGUACACACAGAGUCUCUGGCGUGACUAUCCCCUCUGAAAAA